CGGAAGAACCAGUUCAAGCGGCUGCUUCUCGCGUGCUUCUUGCGAUGGGCGAUGACGAUGCUGCUGGUUGUGGGAGUGUAUCUUGUGCUGUGGCGGUAUUCAAUACAGGAGGUCAUGUUGAGCAAAAAGAAGAACGAGUUCAACACGUUGAUUAUAGCGAUUUCGAUUGCGCUAGGUCUCAAUAUUGCGAGCUCGAUGAAGCAUAUGGUGAGGGAAUUGAGAUGGUGGGUUUUGAGCUGGUACGAGUGGACACCAAAAGAGACCGAUUGCAUUCUACAGAGCGAAAACUUUAGCAGUCUCUUCACGUUGGGCUACGUAACACACCGCAACUGGGUGAGGGUCUAUGUUUUGUUCUGGGUCUUGAUCAAUGUGGCUUCGCAAAUAGCCGUCGCAACUCUUGGCCUGACUUACAACAUCAAUCAAGCGGACACGAUAGACGUGACGAAGCCUGGAACCGUCGCGGUGCCGGAUAUGACCAAUAUCCAGACAAAUAAAGUACUGUCGUCUAAUUCACAGGCUGUUAGUGCCCUGCGAUAUACAGCAAACAACUAUGGCCUCAUUGCCCUUGCCUGGGGAUUUGGCGGAGUUGAUGAGAUCCCCAAGCCUGGCAUGCUCUUUGAUACAGACGCCAAUCUGAUGUACUGUAGCGGGAACUCGUGCCAGUACAUCUUCUACGAGGCAACGCCGGAUAACCUAUCAUACUUUCAGAUGGUGGCGACGAAUCGAUCGAUUUCGACCCAGGCAACGUGCCGGUCGUGGAAGGUUCUCAAGGGAGGAGAUGGAACCCAACGAACGAUUGUCAUUGACGAUGCGAACCGGACCGUGAUUGCGAUUCCCGCCUUGAAUGGAGCAGCUCAGACGACUUUCAUGGUUGACCCCGAUCGCGGCUCCGGGCCAAACUGGGGGCACAUCUUGGCAUUUGAGGCAUCCUCGACGGAUCCGUGGUUCUACAACUGCAAUGUCACCGUUGGAGCAGUCACAAACGUCCAGAACCCGGUGCAGGAAGUCGGAGUCAAUGUCACAUCGCUCGCUGCCUCGGCUAUUGCGCUCCAGGGCUAUGGCGCGUCGACCUUUGGAGUCAACUCAAACAGCACCAGACAUUUUCAGUUCCAGAGUUAUCCGGCAGAGUCCUUUUACGGAGCAACUCAGGGAGGCAAUGUGACCGGCAUGGGCCAGUUGAUGGCUUCCUUUGCUGUUGGUGUUGUUGCCAUCACUGCCCAGGUCAAUAGCAAUGUUAAUGCCCCGGGAUUGCUACCGUUGAAGGGGAUUCAGCUCGACAUUAACAAGUGGUACUAUGUGCAUUUGAUCUUGGGCCUGACUGUGGGACUGCAACUGCUGCUGGCGGUGAUUGCAGCCGCAGUGGCGAGCAAGGUGACGGUGAGGGAUCAUAGCUGCGUUGGUUUGGCGACGGCAUUGCAGCCGUUGUUG